GUUUACCGUGUCCGGAAGUGCUUUGGCUUUUUGGCCAGCUUGGAUGUUGCAUUCCUUCAUUGCGGACUCUGAGAGAACUGUUAAUGUGGUCAGCUAAACCAACUCGUUCAAUAUCGAGCUGUGACCGGGAGAGUACGGGUAAUUGUUUGGCGUCCACGGCGUUGAGGCCAGAAACCUUGGGUCCAUUUUUCCAACUCGACUGACGUGCCAGAUGGAUAGCUAGCAGGCUAGCAGGCUAACAAGCGAACAGGCAAAGGAAGCUGUCAAGUGUCUGGAGGUUUAUGCCUGUGUGGCGUUUAGUUUAGAAGUUAAGUUUAAACGGAAGAAUGAUUGAAAGCAAUAACGAACCCGGACUUAUUCUUUAAAAUGGGCCGUGGGUUAAUUUAACUAUUCGUGUAACAGUGAUGUUUCGGAUAUUGGGGACAUAAAUACUGCAAGUGGACAGACUGGGUGCUUGAAGAUGGAAGACAAAUACAGCAGCAACGUGCUGUCCAGGGGGAAACUGGGCAUGGUGGAAGUACCCAAUUCCAGGUUAACCAGAUACAUCGUUUUACUGGUCGUCACCAAGGUCCUCAAGGCUCUGGGGAUCUUUGAAUCUUAUGAUAUCCUCAAGGUUGUUCACAUUGUCCAGUUCAUCUUCAUACUAAAAUUAGGGAGUGCUGUUGUUCUGCUUUUCUUCCAAAAGCCUUUCUCCUCAGGCAAAGUCAUCUCUAAGAGACAGUGGAUAAAGUUACUAAAGCAUGCUGUUUUCAGCUGUGUCAUAUCCCUUCUGGGCUUCUUCGGUCUGACUCUCUGUGGCCCUCUAAGGACGUUGUUGCUUUUUGAGCACAGCGAUGUGGUGGUCAUUGCUCUCCUCGGUGUCCUGUUCACAAGCUCCGGAGGGGGGCCGUCCAAGGUAAGAGGCUCAGUUCACUGGUUUGUGCACACUACAACACACUGCAUUGUGUAUCCUGCCUCAGCUAAAUCGAUCACUGUAGUAGAAAUGUGUGAAAUGCAUUUCUGUUGUUUGUCUGAAUUCACGCAGACCAGAGGCGCCGCUCUCUUCAUCAUCGCCGUGAUCUGCCUCCUCCUCUUUGACAACGACGAUCUCAUGGCAAAGAUGGCGGAGCACCCCGAGGGCCAUCAUGACAGCGCGCUCACUCAUUUUCUCUACACAGCCAUCGCAUUUUUAGGGGUUGCAGAUCAUAAAGGGGGCGUAGUGCUGCUGGUGGCCUCCCUGCUCCUGAAGGUGGGCUUUCACACGGCCUCCAGGAAACUGUCAGUGGAAAUUGGGGGCGCGAAGCGCCUCUACGCCCUCGACAACUUGGUUUCGGCUAUUGUGCUGCUCCCCUGGGUCGUAGUGCUCUCAUUAACCACAGACAGUAAAGUAGAAUCCUGGUCGUCCCUCAUUCUGCCAUUUGGGAUGAUCAUCCUCUCCGUGACCAUCCUGGAGUUUUACGUGGAGGCCAUCUGCAACACUAAGAUGGAGACGCCCAGGUGCGCCCGCUACGGCGCCAUCGCCCUCUUCCUCAGUGCCCUGCUGCUGGCGAACUUCUGGACCCACCCGCUGACCGACCAGCUGCGCUCCAUGAGCAAACCGCCCCAGCAGGUCAGCACAGAGCAUGUGCUCUCGGGAGGAGUGAUAGUCAGUGCCAUCUUCUUCAUCAUGUCCUCCAGUAUUCUCUCAUCUCCAUCAAAGAAAGGUCAGAAAGGCACCCUGGUGGGUUACUCGCCUGAAGGGACCCCUCUGUACAACUUCAUGGGUGACGCCCUGCAGCACACAUCUCAGUCGCUCCCACGGUUCAUCAAAGACUCCUUGAAACAGAUCCUAGAGGAAUACGAUUCCAGACAGAUCUUCUACUUCCUGUGUCUCAACCUGGCUUUCACCUUCGUGGAGCUGUUCUAUGGUGUUUGGACCAACAGUCUGGGACUGAUCUCUGACGGCUUCCACAUGCUGUUUGACUGCUCUGCAUUAGUCCUCGGCCUGUUCGCUGCCCUCAUGUCGCGCUGGAAAGCCACCAGGAUCUUCUCCUAUGGGUACGGUCGUGUGGAAAUACUUUCUGGAUUCAUCAACGGCCUGUUCCUGAUGGUCAUCGCUUUCUUUGUCUUUGUGGAGUCAGUAAGCCGUGUGCUGGAUCCUCCCAAUAUAAACACAGACAUGCUGACUCCGGUGUCUGUGGGAGGGCUACUGGUCAACCUGGUGGGCAUCUGCGCCUUCAGCCACGCUCACGCUCACGCCCACGGCGGCAAAACGUGCCCGUCGAACGACCACGGCCACUCGCACCACGGCCACUCCCACAGCGAGCACGGCCACUCCCACGGGGGACACGGCCACGGCGGGCACGGCCACGGCGGGCACGGGCCGCCCCCCGGCUCCGCGGGUGGAGGCAUGAACGCUAACAUGAGAGGUGUUUUCCUCCACGUCCUGGCUGACACUUUGGGCAGCGUCGGUGUGAUCAUCUCCACCAUCCUCAUCCGUCAGUUCGGCUGGUUGAUCGCCGACCCCAUUUGCUCGCUCUUCAUCGCCACGCUCAUUUUUCUCAGCGUCAUCCCUCUGCUGAAGGACGCGUGCGAGGUUCUUCUUCUACGAAUUCCCCCAGAAAUUGAGAAGGAAUUGAACAGUGCGCUGGAAAAGGUUGAGAAGAUCGAAGGAGUUUUGUCGUACAGAGACCCUCAUUUCUGGAGGCAUUCAGCCAACAUCAUGGCAGGGACCAUCCACCUCCAGAUCAUGGCCGGCGUGGUGGAGCAGAGGAUCGUACAGCAGGUGACGGCCAUUUUGAAAGACGCCGGGGUGAAUAAUCUGUCCGUGCAGGUGGAAAAGGAGGCCUACUUCCAGCACAUGUCUGGGCUCAGUACAGGAUUUCAGGAAGUUCUGGCAAUGACGCAGCAGAUGGAGUCCAUGAAAUACCUGAACGACGGGACCUGCAUCAUGUAACAAACUUCUGUUGGACCAAAUGAAAGCUUCUGUCCCCUUUUCAUUGAAAUGUACAGUUUAUGUAUGUAUGCGGUUUAAAAUGAAUCUAAAUACAGUUGUUCUAUCUUUGUAUCAUCUGA